GCAGGCAGCCAUCGGCGUGGGCGGCGCUUGAAUGACUAAUCUGUGUCACGUGAACAGAUCAACCUGCUUUCUUUCCUUCAUCCCUCGCGCUUCACCUCCCAUCUAUCUCAUUCUCUAUCAUCAUCAGCCAUUCACCCGCCUCAAUUCAUCUCGCAGCCACCAUAAAAGCGGCUGUUUGUCUUUCAACUCCUCAACUCGAUCGCGAUAUCUCGCCUUCGACUUCUGAAAUUUCUGCUAUCCCAAAUUCCGAUUUCCCCAGCUACAAACGCGCCGGCGUAAUCAGACCUUCCCUUUCGCUUUCGAUCUUACACUCUAUCGCCACUACAUUUCAACAUGUCUCACGAGGAGGAUCUCAUUGACUACUCCGAUGAGGAGCUUCAGACCACUGACGCCGCAGCCACUACUGCCGCUCCUGCCGCCAAUGGAGCCCAGGCUAAGAAAGAGGGCGAUUUGACGGUAACUGGUGGCCGUCCCGACAAGAAGGGAAGUUAUGUCGGUAUUCAUUCGACCGGUUUCCGCGACUUCCUGCUCAAGGGCGAACUUUUACGCGCUAUCACCGAUUGCGGUUUCGAACAUCCUUCGGAGGUCCAGCAAGUCUGUAUUCCGACCGCCAUUUUGAACGUUGAUGUUCUUUGCCAGGCCAAGUCUGGUCUUGGAAAGACGGCCGUAUUCGUCCUUACAACUCUUCACCAACUGGAGCCUGUUCCCGGAGAGUGCUCUGUUUUGGUUAUGUGCCACACGCGCGAGUUGGCUUAUCAGAUCAAGAACGAAUAUGCUCGAUUCAGCAAGUACCUACCCGACGUGAAGACUGCUGUCUUCUACGGAGGAACUCCUAUCCAGAAGGAUAUUGAGCUUUUGUCGAACAAGGAUACUUUCCCCAACAUCAUUGUUGGUACGCCCGGUCGACUCAACGCCCUUGUCCGUGACAAGAAACUUUCUCUGCGCAACGUCAAGGCUUUUGUUCUUGACGAGUGUGACAAGAUGCUGGAUCAGAUUGACAUGCGCCGUGACGUUCAGGAGAUUUUCCGUGCCACACCCGCCGACAAGCAGGUCAUGAUGUUCAGCGCUACUCUCUCUCAGGAAGUUCGACCCAUUUGCAAGAAGUUCAUGAGGAACCCGCUGGAAGUUUACGUCGACGAUGACACGAAGCUCACCCUGCACGGUCUGCAGCAGUACUACAUCAAGCUCAGUGAAGCUGAGAAGAACCGAAAGCUGAAUGAGCUCCUCGACAGCCUUGAGUUCAAUCAGGUCAUUAUCUUCGUCAAGAGCACAAUUCGUGCCAAUGAGCUGGACAAGCUGCUGCGCGAGUGCAACUUCCCCAGUAUCGCUGUCCACUCCGGUGUCAGCCAGGAGGAGCGUAUCAAACGUUAUAAGGAGUUCAAGGAGUUCAACAAGCGUAUCUGUGUCGCCACCGACGUUUUCGGACGUGGUAUUGAUAUCGAGCGUAUCAACCUUGCUAUCAACUACGAUCUACCCGCAGACGCUGAUUCCUACCUGCACCGUGUCGGUCGUGCCGGUCGUUUCGGUACCAAGGGUCUGUCCAUCUCCUUUGUCAGCAGCCCUGAAGACGAGCAGGUGCUCAAGGACAUCGAGAAGCGGUUCGAGGUCGCCCUUCCGGAAUACCCUGAGAACGGCGUCGACUCCAGCACCUACAUGGCAUAGACGCUUAUCACGACUAUCUACCUUCACUGUCGCGUUACUCGAGCAAAUUACAUCACUCAUCAGUAAACGGCACUCUUCCUUUCCUCUAUUCCCGGUCGCUUUCUAAACCAUUAUCAUCUAUCUCGUAACUUUGACUCUGCUUUUGCUUUUGGCGCGAUGGUUUCGGAUGUAAUAUUGUCAUGCUUGGAUGUGCUGGGAAGGGCCAUCUGACGCGGGACGAAUCAAAAUGUACUUACAAGAUUAUCUAGGCAUGUUUCAAUUCAAUUGAAAUCUUACUGAGUUUAUUCACAUGUGUGAGCUGAAGCAUUCACUUCGUAGAUGACAGUUUGCUUUUCCAACGUAAUACAGGCAUGCCAACAUGUGUGCAGAAGCAAAUAUAUAAGUUAGCCCUAAGUGCA